GCGAGAGUAUGCAAUCUUCAUUUUGAUGAUAACUGUUUCAUAAUGGAAUGGACGAAACCAUAUUUUAAAAAAACUACACUGCCCAGACAAUUACGAAGAUUAAAAAGGGAAGCUAUUCCAACAAAAAUGUUAUAUGAAGAGAAAAAAAGAAAAACGCAUGAGACAUGUAUGAGACAUAAUACAAAAAUGCCUACGUAUUCUGAACUUGUACCUUUAGCACAAAAGGAUCAAGUUCCAGAAAAAGAAAGUACUGUGGAAAUUAUAGAAGAGCAAAAUUGUAGUACAAAGGAAGACACGAUAAACAAUGAAAUAUCAGCACAUACGAAACUCGACCAGAACGGCUGUAUAUCAAACGAACUCCUAUUGGAAGAAAAAAGAAAUCUUGAGAAAGAAAAUCGACA